UACUGCCAUGCGCUUAGCAUAGCGCCCCUUACAGCAAAAGCUUCCUAAAUACUAAAUGAGACUUGGGGCCCUAAAUGUUGGCCACGCCUCUAAAGCCCCUAAAUUCCAGGAUGGCUGAGAAAGGCCACGCCCUGGACUUUCCUCCGGGGGCCAGGUUCUCCCCAAGCCCACCGAGCGACCUAAAUCUAGCCCCGAGCCUCCAGGUGAAAGAACCAAGGGAGGCGCCGGAGAAUGGGGGGAGGGUAUCGUCAUGUAAGUAACGCCGCGUCCUCUACGUUCUCCCGGCGCGUAGCUCCGCCCUCCCUUCGAACAUCCUGCUGGGAUCGCCUGGGAAACGCAUUCUCGGAGGAACACGCAGCCGUCCAAUGAGGAGCGAAGGAACACGACGAACUAACCAAUGAGCGAGGAGCUGUGCGGGGUUUAAACCUCAGGCUAGGCUGCUGCUAGUCACUGCGUGCUGGGACGAACGGCUGUUAGUUACUUCGUCGGCUUGCUGUCCACUCGCAGGGAGCCAGGGGUGGGGGGGCAUCUGUGCUUUUUCUGUGUUUGUAUUUGUCUCUUUGUUUCCUUGUUAUUAUUAGCUGCCGCCUGGAAAGGUGGAAGCCAUGGCACUCCGUGUUACCAGGAACAUGAAGAUCAAUGCUGAGAAUAAACUGAAGACCAAUGUUGCAGGCGCCAAAAGGGUGCCUGUACCCACUGCUUCCUCUAAGCCUGGGCUGAGGCCAAGAAUGGCCCUGGGUGAUAUUGGCAACAAAGUGUGUGAGCAACAGCCUGCAUCAAAAAUACCUCUGAAAAAGGAAGCUAAAGCUCCCAUUGCAAAAGUAGCUGCUAAAAAAGCUUCCAAACCAGUAGAAAAAAUGCCUGUGCCUGAACCUGUUAAGGAAGAGAAACUAAGUCCUGAGCCUUUUAAGGCGGAUUCACCAUCCCCAAGCCCAAUGGAAACAUCCGGAUGUGCACCUGCAGAAGAGUUUCUGUGCCAAGCUUUUUCUGAUGUCAUACUUGCAGUGAAAGAUGUUGAUGCAGAUGAUACAGCUGAUCCAAAUCUUUGUAGUGAAUAUGUAAAAGAUAUUUAUUGCUAUCUUAGACAACUUGAGGAAGAGCAGGCAGUCAGACCAAAAUACCUGGUGGGUCAAGAAGUCACUGGGAACAUGAGAGCCAUCUUAAUUGACUGGUUGGUACAAGUGCAGAUGAAGUUCAGGUUGCUUCAGGAGACUAUGUACAUGACCGUGGCCAUUAUUGACCGAUUUAUGCAGGAUAACAGUGUACCUAAGAAGCUGCUGCAGCUGGUGGGUGUUACUGCCAUGUUCAUUGCCAGCAAGUACGAAGAGAUGUACCCACCUGAAAUUGGGGACUUUGCCUUUGUAACUGACCACACGUACAGUAAGCACCAGAUUCGACAGAUGGAAAUGAAGAUUCUCAAAGCUUUAGACUUCAGUCUGGGUCGUCCUUUACCCCUGCACUUCCUACGCCGAGCAUCCAAGGUUGGAGAGGUUGACAUUGAACAGCACACCUUAGCCAAAUAUCUGAUGGAACUCACAAUGGUAGACUAUGAUAUGGUCCACUUCCCUCCUUCCCAGAUUGCAGCAAGUGCUUUUUGCUUGGCACUGAAAGUGCUCGAUAAUGGUGAAUGGACUCCAACUCUCCAACACUACAUGUCUUAUACUGAAGAGGCCCUUCUUCCUGUAAUGCAACACAUGGCUAAGAAUGUGAUCCUGGUGAACCGGGGGCUUACAAAACACAUGGCUAUCAAGAAUAAGUAUUCAAGCACUAAGCACGCAAAGAUCAGCACUAUUGCACAACUGAAUUCUGUAGUAAUUCAAGAUCUAGCCAGGCCACUAACAAAAGUGUAACUCCUGAUCUUGCACUGUGUAGUGAAAUCUGCAAUAAAAUUGGCACCAUGUGCCUUUUUGUACAUAUUAUAGCUCCCAAAUACUUGUCAUAAUAAAGUUUUCUUUUGUCCCUUUUA